GGAUGUUAAAGAAAUUUGGUAAAAUUUUCGUAAAUUCAGGAUUCGCCCAAGUGCCAAAUUUAAGCCUCGCGCCAAAAAUGUCCCGGCGCCUAAAUAACCCCUUCGCCCCUCGCGCGCGCGCCAAAAAUGUUCCUGCGCCUAAACGUCCUCAUUCCCUCUUCCCUUGUGGUCUGCCCAAAAAAGACUGCGAAUAUAUGGGGCAAUCGACGAGACAUAAAAUAAUAUUCCCUUUGGUCCACAUGAAAUUCUUUCUUGUUUAUUCAUCUUUCGUUACUUAA